UACUGGCGACCAUCGCCAUGGUCGCCAUUUUCCGUCGCUGGAUGAUGAUGAUGAAAGUUGCGUAAACGAAGCGCGACAAACAAGGUCCAUAACAAAAACGUCUUGUUUUUGGCAUUGACAUAUUGGCAUAGGUUUUUGGUUCUCUUAUCAGUGCAGACAUGUCUCUCCUACGGUUCCGUGCUUCAGCCAGCAGACUACAGAGUUUAGUCUUUACAGGGUGUUCCCGGCGGGAAGCCAGCGGAGCGGUGAAGGACAAGGAGCCGCUGAAGAAAGCUAAAACCCCGCAGGGACGGUUUGACAUCCCCGAGGAGAAGAGCAGCCCUCUCCUGCAAAAGUUCCCUGAUGAUGUGAACCCUGUAACCAAGGAGAAGGGGGGUCCUCGGGGUCCAGAGCCCACACGCUACGGAGACUGGGAGAGAAAGGGCCGCUGUGUAGACUUCUAGUUCAAUACUCAUAAAUCUGAUAUAUCACACCUGUAUAUGGAUAUUUAAACGAUUGGAUGAUUAAAUGUCAGAUCAGAAGGUGAGAAUAACU